CCUCCACUCUGGGCUGUGGAGGUAAUCAGCCCUGUCUGCUCUCCUGAGCCAUCCAAUCUCCUGAUUUUGGAGCUGGGCUGGGCUGGGCUGUGAGGGAGCUUUUGGUGCUGUUUGUGCGUAGUAGAGGAGAGGUACUGAGGAGCUGUUUGGUUCUCCGUUUGAGUGACUCAGCCUCCAGGCUGGCCUACAAAACUCCCUCCUCUUGCUGGGGCUGCAGCCAUGGAAACGUCAAGAGUCCCUUUCAGAACACAGCUCUGAGAAGGGAGAGGGAGCACAAAGGGAGACAGCCAGCAAGGGCUUGUGCUUAGCACAAGGGUUGCUGGGGUUUUCCUCUUCCAGCCUUUGCCCUGCACUGAUCGGCUUGUCUCUCUAUGAUCAGUGGGGUGGACGCGGCUCAAGAGGAAUGAGCUCUAACACAAUUGCUCUGGCCCCUGUGGCCAAGAAUGUGAUGGUAUAUCGCAAUGGGGACUCCUUCUUCCGUGGAAGGAAGUUUGUGGUGAACCAGCGCCAGUUCCUGACCUUUGAAGCGUUUCUGAAUGAGGUGACCAGCACCAUUCAUGCCUCUGUAGCUGUGAGGAACAUCUACACCCCCAGGCAGGGCCACCGGGUCACUGAGCUAGAGGAGCUGCAGAAUGGAUGCCCGUAUGUGGCAGCUGGCUUUGAGCGGUUCAAAAAGCUAGACUAUUUAAACCCUGGAAUGAAGCAGCUCAGUGGGAGCAGGAAAAAAAAUGGCAUGCAGAUCCACCCCGUUGCUCCCCAGAAGCUGAACAUGGCAGCGCGAUGGCAAAAGAAUGUCCACCUGCCCUGCAUUAUACAUGUUUUCCGGAAUGGGGAUUUGCUGAGCCCCCCUUUCCGACUGCUGCUCUCCAAGAGCACCCUGCAGGAGUGGGAUGCCAUCCUGGGCCUGCUGACUGAGAGAGCCAACCUGCGCAGUGGAGCUGUUCGAAAGCUCUGCCGGCUGGAUGGAGUCCAAGUCUCCAGUGGCAAGGAGUUGGUGAACGGUGAAUACUAUGUGGCGAUAGGGGUGGAGAAGUACAAAAAUCUGCCCUACUUUGAGCUGCUGGUGCCUGAGAAUUCUAAGCACCGGGCAUUACGGAACCAUCCAAAUAACAGACGCAGGAUCCACAAUCACGGGUUUGGUAAAAGCUAUGCCACUUCCCAGGAUGGAGCUAGCGAUUCUGCCCUCAUUGAUCCACCUCAGCAGCCAGACUAUCGCAGGGUGCAGUCCACAGGAAAUGAAGAGAAAGACAAGACCCCCGUUCCUUCUCCAGCAGUGCGCAGACAAGCCGGGAAAUAUCCAUGCAAAGAGGAAGAGUCUGUUUUCCAUGCUAAGCCUGUCCGUGCAGGGCAAAACAGGAAGAAUAGCAGGAACAUGCAACACUGGCCUGACCAAGAAGAGGGAAGUGUCUAUAAAGUGAAAGACCCGAGGAAGGAGAUGCGAGGUGCCCAGGAAGUUGUGGAGGACGAAUACACAAAGAUGGAGCUACCUGUUGAUCAGAGAGCUGCCGAGACUGUGGAAGAAGUUAUACCAAAAAGCGAAAUGACUCCUCACAGCAAGGUUGGGAGCACUGACAGAUGGCGGAAGGCCUUGACAAUGCAAAAUUACGGCAGUGACUCGGAGGAGGAAGAGAACUGAAAGAGCCAUUUCUCCGACUGUGUGAAGCUCCAAAGAGUUAAUGAAGUGACUGUGAUGAAAUGGAGAUCAAGUUAGCUUUACUCUCUGUGCUGUGGUGGAUAACAACAUAAGCACCUUGAUCAAAUCCAAGGAUUUUAAAAAAUGCUUGUUUUAAACAAUAAGAAUGCCUUCAUUUCCUGGGCUUUGUAAAGCAGGCUUCAGCUGAACAAUGAGUCAGACACAUUCAAAAUAUAUUUUUAAAAAUAUAAA